GAUCCCCGAACAAAAACUUUUUGCGUUCAAGUUGUCAGAAACAUCCUUGAGGAAUUAUUGUUCGAUCGUAAAUAUAGCUCAAAAAAAUCUAAAAUGAACAAGGUUGGUUGCAAAUGUUUAAAUAUAAUAAUUGAAAGUGAAUCAGAUUUGUGUGAUGUGGGGCAUGAUCAAUUAGAGUUGACAAUAGAGGAGCGCCAGGAUAUUUUUUUCAAAAGCGAUAAUUUGAGACAAGUGGAAAAGCUUGACAAUAUCAGUAAGAGUUUACCUGGCUUAGUUGAGACUAGGGAAGUAGGUUCAUGGAUUAUUCAUUAUUGCAUAAAUUGUAAAGUUCAUACUCAUGCGGUGCACAAGAAAAAAGGUGCCUCGUGUGUUAUAAUCCAUCCAUCUCUACUGACUGAAGAGGAUAUAAAGAGAUUAUGGCAUAGUGAAAACUUUUCUAAAGCUUAUAAAAUAGUGGUAGAUAUUGGAAAGUUCAUAGAUGACAAUGAUGAUAUCUUUUAUCCAAGCGAAAUGGAUUCUUUGAUGGCCGGAAUAAAGCAAAACGCCACGGAAGUUCUGAAAAAGGAGGCAGCAUUGAUAGAAGAAAGGAUAAAGAAAUAUACAGAGGAUCAAUAUUAUAUGCUAGACGUUCUAAGGGAAAGAUUAUCUUCCGAGGAACAAACACUUAUGCGGACCGUAUUGGAACAUUUCACGCAAACGUCCGAUAAGGACGACAAAAAUAGUUAUAAGUUUUUGAGGGCGCACGACGAGGUCGUCCCCCAGAUUUCGAAAAAGUAUUCUGAGAGAGCGUCUAGUCAAGCAAUGUCUUAUAAUUUAUCCUCUUUGUCCCCCAAAAAACAGAAAAAGGCUGCGGUGGAGGAUAGCGAGUUUGACGAUCUGCUGUUUCCAUUCGAUGGCAUGGACGAGAGGCCAACGUCUGAUCACGAGGAAUCUGUCGAAUUGGAGAGCGAUGUAGAAGACGAUGAGAAACCCGACAGGUAUCAAUCUAGGGCGAGAAGUUCUAGCAUAAAAUUCGCGAAAUCUCUUCCCAUGGACAUUCCGGCAUUUAUGAAACUAAAGAAACAUCAUACUAUAGAUAUCAGUGAUGAUGAAUCGCUACCUGAAGAGAAGAACAUCGAUAUAGCAGCUAGCAUAAAGAAAUUAGCUAAAAGCGUACACGGCAGUGAGAUAUUUGGCGAUUUACCUAGACCAAGGUUCAGCACUCAGCUGUAGCCAUCAGCUGAAAGUGAGUGCUCCCUAAGACAAAAAGACUAGAUUUAAUUCAAACUGCCAAAAUGAUCGAUCUUAUCAGAUCUUAUUUUCAUCGUGGUUGAAAGUGAGUAUGGACUUUGCAAGUGCUUUACUAAGAAUAAGGUCUGAAAAAUGUGAAAAACCAAAAAAAUAUUAAAACGUGAUAUAAUCCACAAAAAUAUAGAAACAGUUUUUUUAUAUUGUUGUUCAAUUGUCUAAGUAAGAUGCACCCAGCCAAGUUUCAUAAUUUUUAUAAACUUUUGAUUAAAUUAGUUUUAUCUCCUCAAUCUAUUGAUUUUUUAUGGUACGUUGACCAAAUUUACAUAUAAUUUAUUGGCUGUGUGUAUGGUAAAAUCCUAAAAAAAUAUAUAAAAUUGUUUUAAAUAAAAUAACAUGUUCUUAUUACUUUAUAAUUCGAUACUUUUAAUUUAUCCAUCAUUUGUUAAAUUUAAUUUUACUAUGAAUUUGCUUAUAUGUUGAUAUAUUGAAUGUAGGAUUUUUCUAUAAGUUUAAAUUCAGUGCAUUUACAAAAUUAAGAGUACAAACUUGAAGAAACAAAUUCAAAACGUAGAUUAUGAUUGCAUUGAAUAAAGUUGAAAAAGUUAUGAAAAAA